AUGGCAUCCUCCACCUCCUCAUUCCAUCUUCUUGCCGUCCUCCUUGCGCUGGCCUCAUGGCAGGCCAGUGCAUAUGAUCCUAGUCCUCUUCAAGAUUUCUGCAUCGCUGACAUGAAGUCCCCUGUGCGAGUAAAUGGAUUUGCGUGCAAGGAUCCAAUGGCUGCAAGCUCGGACGACUUCUUCAAUCCGGCCAUGCUUGAUAAGGCUAGGGAUACAAAGGCCAGCAAGGUCAGGUCCAACGUCACCAACAUCAAUGUCAUAAAUUUCCCUGGCCUCAACACCCUGGGUAUCUCUCUGGCACGCAUCGAUUAUGGACCACUAGGUGUGAACACGCCACACAUACACCCCCGUGCCACUGAGCUCUUGACCGUGCUUGAGGGAACACUAUACCUUGGAUUUGUCACAUCCAACCCAAAUAGGCUCUUCUCUAAGAUAGUUACGAAGGGUGAUGUAUUCGUAUUCCCAAAAGCAAUGAUCCACUUCCAAAUGAACCUAGCGCAUGACAAGCCAGCGGCCGCGUUGUCCUCGCUCAGCAGCCAAAACCCCGGGGUUAUUUCUAUUGCCAAUGCAGUGUUUGGAUCAAAGCCGCCGAUUUCAGAUGAUGUUCUGGCCACGGCAUUUCAGGUGGAAAAGGAUCUGAUACACUGGCUCCAGUCUCAGUUCUGGGAAAAUAACAACUACUAA